AUGCAUUCUCUCUGGGCCAACGCUAAAGAUGUUGCCCGCACUGUGUCUGGGCAGAUUGACCAAACGUUUGAAGCAGCACUAACUGGCAGCAGCAGCAGCAGCAGCAGCAGCAGCAGCGGGGGCGGCGGAAGCAGAGGCCAGAGCUCGGCCAGGAACAGCAACAACGUCUCCCCUGAGGGCAGCAGCAGCAGCAGCAAGGACAGCAGCAACGGCAGCAACUGGAUUGCUGCAGACGUGCUGCUGCAGCACGGGCAGUCUUCUGCUGCUGCUGCACUAGAAGGCAUCAACAGGCUGUGGGGGCGCGUAGCAGCAGCACCUGCUGCUGCUCUCUCUCCCUUGUCUGCUGCAGCAGCAAACCACAGCUCCCGCGUGGCUGCUCCGUGGAAGCAGCAGCAGCAGCAGCAGCAGCAGCAGCAAGAUGAGCAAGAUGCUGAAGACAUCUUCGAAGACGAUGAGGCGUCUCUGCAGUCGCUGCUGGAAGCCCGGAGGCAGCAGCAGCAGCAGCAGCAGCAGCAGCAGCAGCCGCAAAGACAGCGCGGAGUUUCAGGGUCCAGCUCCCCAUCCCUGCCGCAGCUAGCAGCAGCAGCAGCAGGUCUUGAGGCGGCAGCAGCAGCAGCAGCAGCAGGUCUUGGGGCAGCAGCAGCAGCAGUCACUGAAAGAGCGGCAAAAUCGUACACUUCACAACGCUCAGGGCAACAGCAGCAGCAGCAGCAGCAGACACAGCAGCAGCAGCAGCAGCAACAAGAGGAGCAACUGCAGCAGCAGCAGCAGCAGCAGCGAUGGGACCCCCUUGGUGUGUCUGUCACGAAACAGCCGCGAGCAGAGGCAGCAAAUAACACUGCAGCAGAUAAACGCGCAGCAGCAGCAGAAGCUUUUGCUGCACCGACAGCAGCAGCAGCAGCAGCGGAACGCGAUGCUGCUGCUGAGGAUCUGACUGAAUGCCCACAGCCUACAAGCAGCAGCUCACCCACAGCAGCAGCAGCAGCAGCAGCAGCAGCAGCAGCAGCACUCUACUGCGACUCCUCUAUGGAAAGCAUCUCUUUAGCAGCACCUGAAGACACAGCAGCAGCAGCAGCAGCAGCAAACUCGUCUCCAGCAGCUGAUUCUGUGUAUACAGGAGAGCAUGCACUCUCAGCAGCAGCAGCAGCAGCAGCAGCAAAAGUAGAUGCAGCCGCAGCAGCAGGUGCAGCGUUGAGUGAGGAGGGUUUUUCUCCAGCAGCUGAUCUCUUCUCAGCAGCAGCAGCAGCAGAAACAGUAGCAGCAGAAGCAGCAGCAGCAAAGGCUGCAGCAAGAAAAGCAGCAGAAACGGCGCUUCCCACUUUGACUUCGUUAUCAGCUAUAAAUUGCAACAGCAGCAGCAACAACAGCAACAGCAGCAGCAGCAGCAGCAGCGACAGCAGCAGCAGCAGCAGCUUACUGGAAGCUGCAGCAAACCAAUUUGCUGCCGCUUCUUCCAAAGUGCGUCACAGUGCAGCAGGCGUAGCAGCAGCUUCAGCAGCGGCAGCAGCAGCUGCUGCUGAAGCUGCUGCUGCUGCUGCUGCUACUGUUGCUACAUCGCGCAUUCCUGCUGCUGAGACAGCAGAUGCAGAGGGUUCAGCAGCAGCAGCAGCAGCAGCAGCAGCAGCAAGUGGCCCGGAAGCAGCACUUUUCGUGGUUGAAAAAGGCGGCCCCGCAGCAGCACACGAAAUAGCAACAACAGCAGCAGCAGAGGCAGCAGCAGCAACAGCAGCCACAGCAGCAACAGAAGCAGCAGCAGCAAACGCAGCAGCAGCACAAGCGGAGGUAGAAGCAGCAGCAGCAACAGAUGCUGCAGCAGCAGCAGCGGUGGCAGCAGCUACAGAAGUAGCUGCAGCGGAGGCAGCAAAUACAGCAGCUGCAAAAGAAGCAGCAGGAGAAGCAGCAGCAGCUGCAGCAGCAGCUGCAGCAGCAGCUGCAGCAGAGGAAGCAGCCGAGGCGGCCAAGCUAAAGGCUUCUUCUGUAGCCGCAGGCAGUGAUUUGCUGCUGGAGGCUUUGGAGGAGGUCCCUCAGCAGCAGCAGCAGCAGCGGCCACAGCAGCAGCAGCAGCAGCAGCAGCAGCAGCAGCAGCAGCAGCAGCAGGAAUUAGAGGACCUCUUACCUUUCGAUGACUGGGGUGAAGACCUUCGUGCUGCUGGAGCUGCUGCUGCAGCAGAGCAGCCUUUGCAGCUGGAGCCAGCACUGGCGAAAGGAAGAGCAGCAGCAGCGGCAGAAGCAGCAGAAGCAACAUCAGCAUCAGCUGAGGCAGCAGAAGCAGCAGCAGCAGCAGCAGCAGCAGCAAGAGAAACAGCAGCAGCAGCAAGUUGUGAUGGGUUGGGGACGCAGGGGCUGGAAGCGGACUUGAAGGUGCAGCAGCUUCCCACUGUAGAGGCGGCAGCAAAAGCAGCAGCAACAGCAGCAGCAGCAGCAGCAGCAGCAGCAGAGACGCCAUCGGCAGCAGCAGCAGCAGGAUCUAAUUUGUGGGAGGAGACAGCAGCAGCUGCAGCUUCACCUGCAGCAGCAGAAGCAGCAGCAGAAGAUCUGUGGGGAAGCCCACUACCUCUGCCGCCAUCUGCAGCAGCAGCAGAAGCAACAGCAGCAGCAGCAGCACCUGCUGCUGCUGCUGCUGCAGCAGAGCCAACGGCCGACAUUCCCACAGCAGCCGAAAAACCACAGGACACCUCAGCUGCAGCAGAGCCAGCAGCAGCAGCGCCAGCAGCAGCAGCAGCAGCAGCAGCAGCAGCAGCAGCGCCCACACAUGCAACCAGUGAAGCAACAACCGCUGACCGCAGAGAAAUGCAAGAGCCAGUAGAAGGCCAAAUUAAGGGACCAUCAGCAGCAGCAGCAGCAGCAGCAGCAGCAGGAACAGUAGAAGCGGUGUCUACCACCCCUGUUGCUGCAGAGGGUCUGAAUUCAUUGCAGCAGCAGCAGCAGCAGCAGCAGCAAGAGGAAACUUUGCCUAAGCAGCAGCACGGCGCGCAGGACACAGGAGAAGCAGAGUCUUCGCUUCUGGUUGAGCAGCAGGAACAGCAGCAGGAGCAGCAGCAAAGGCAGCAGCAGAGGCAGCAGCAGGAGCAGCAGCAAGAGCAGCAGCAGCAGCAGCAGCAGCAGCAGCAGACGGAGCCAGAGAAGGCUGCUACACUUCAGCAGAAGCCAGCAGAUGCUGUGCCUCCCCUUGUGCACCCCCCACCCCCGCCGACGCCUGUUCCUGCAGCAGCAGCAGAAGCAGCAGCAGCAGAAGCAGCAGCAGCAGAAGCAGCAGCAGAGAAAGCAGCAGCAGCAGAGAAAGCAGCAGCAGCAGCAGCAGCAGCAGAUGCUAGUCCGCAGGCGCCGAUGCACGGGGUAGUGGGGCAGCAGGACAAGGAGGCUCGGAUGCUGCAGCAGCUGCAGCAACAGCAGCAGCAGCUGCAGCAGCAGGAGGCGCAGCUGGUGCAGCAGCAGGAGCUGCUGAAGUCGCAGCAGCAGCAACUGCAGCAGCAGCAAACGCUGCUGCAGCAGCGGGAGCAGCAGCUGCAGCACAAGUCCGAACAGCUUUCACUGCAGCAGCAGCAGCACCACGAGCAGGACUUGCUGCGGACAAUCGAGCUGCUGAACGCGUCGCUGCGGGAGCAGCAGCAGAAGCUGCAGCAGCAGGAGCAGCAGCAGCACCUGCUGCAGCAGGAGUACGCGGAGCUGCAGCAGGAAGGGCACGCCCUAGCCAAUCGACUGGGAGCAGCAGACACAACAAUUAAAAGGCUGCGGGCUCAGUGCGAUGGCUACAAGUCGCUCAAGGCGGCCCAUGAGCAGCUCUCUGCAGAUGCAGCAGCACAAAACAAAGUUGUGGCGCAGCUGGAGGCCAAAGUGCAGCGACUCACUGCUGCUGCUGCUGAGGCGGAGGCCAGCCGUUCGAGUGCUGCAGCAGAAGCAGCAGCAGCAAGAGCUGAGAAAGAGAAACUGGAGUUGUCUGCAGCAGCAAAGCAAACAGAAACAGUGGAGCGUCUCAAGGCCAUCAACAGUCAGCUGACCCACCAGCUUAAUGACGCGAAGGCCAUGUCUGCGCGGCUGGAGAAGCAGCACUUUGAGCAGCAGCAGCAGCAGCAGCAGCAGCUGCAGCAGCUGCAGUCCGAGAAUGAUGAAUUGCAUGCGAUGCUCACUGGCGCUUCAAAACCCUCACUUGAUAAAAUAGCCGCAGCAGAGAAAGACGCAGCAGCAGCACGGCAGCAGCAGCAUUUGCUGCAGCAGCAGCUGCAGCAGCAGCAGCAGGAGCGCGAAGAGCUAGCCCGAAUACUGCAGCAGCAGCGGAGCUCGUGGGAGCAGCAGCAGCAGCAGCAGCAGCAGCAGCUAACACAGCUGCAGCAGCAACAUGCAGCAGAAGUGAAUUCGCUGCGGAAGCAGCUCUUCGCAGCCCAGGUUGAGAAGCUGCAGCAGCAGCGGGCGGAACUGCAGCAGGAAGCCGAGCAGCAGCAGCAGCAGCUGCUGCUGCUGCAGCAAGAGAAGGAACGCCUGCAGCAAGAGCUCAAGGAAGAGCUUGACCGGGCGCGGCAGCGCCAAGAGCAGCAGCAGCAGCAGCAGCAAGUGCAGCAGCAGCAGCAGCAAAAGCAGCAGCAGGAGCCCCCAACUGCAGCAGCGUCAACGCAGUCGGAAGCGCCGGAGCAGCAACUCAGCUUCUUAGGGCCUCGAGGCCUUUCGAGAUAUCGAGCGGAGGCAUUUCAGCUUGCUGCUGGAGCGCGCGAGAGGGAGCAGCAGCUGCUGGUUUUGCAAAGCGAAUUGAAAGCAGCAAGACAAGAAAAAGAAUUAUUUGAAAGCGAGUGUUUGGCCUUGGCGUCCACUGUGGAGGCUCUCAAGCGGAAAGUAAAUGAGCUGGAAGAGCAGCAAAAAGAAGACCUGCAGAAUUCGCAGCUAGCGGAAGCCGCUGAGGCUCUGGCUGAGAUGGACUCGCUGCUGCAGGAGACAGCAGCAGCAGCAAAUAAGUACAAAGAAGAAACAGAAAGACUAACUGAAAAGAAUGAAAAACUGAAGCAGCAACUUGCUGCUCAUGGAAUUCACCCUGAGAGCUGA